AUGGGGGAUUACGAGGAAAAGGCCCAGGAAUACGAGAAGAAGGCCGAGAAGAAGCUCAAGGGCUGGAAUCUCUUGGGUGGCAAGUAUGACGACGCUGCCGAGUAUCUGGAGAAGGCCGCCAAUAACUACAAGCUUGCCAAAUCAUGGGAUAGAGGAGCCGAAUGCUACCUCAGGCUUGCAGAAGUUAGCAUGAAGAUGGAGAGCAAGCCCGAAGCAGCACAAUCUUAUGUGGAAGCUGCGAAAUGCUACAUGAAGAAAAGACCAAAAGAGGCCGUGAAGAUGCUCAAUAUGGCAACCAAGCUUUUCAUGGAGCUUGGAAGAUUGUCCGUGGCGGCCAAGCAUUUCAAGGACAUUGCGGAGAUAUAUGAGAAGCAAGAGGAUUUGGAGUUUGCAGUCCAAUUUUACGAGAGAGCAGCGGAUUUAUACCAGGGCGAGGAGGUGAACACCACAAGCAACCAAUGCAAAUUGAGAAUUGCAGAGCUCUCAGCUCAACUGGAGCAAUAUCCAAGAGCUAUCGAAAUCUUUGAGGCCAUUGCCAAAAGCUCCAUGGAUAACAAUUUGACAAAGUACAGCGUCAAAGGCUACUUGCUCAAUGCGGGGCUGUGUCAAAUGUGUGGUGCUGACCCGAUUGCCGUGAGCAAUGCUCUCGAGAGAUACCAGGACUUGGAUCCAACGUUUCAAGACACACGGGAGUGCAAGUUCCUCAAGGAGCUGGCCGAGACGAUCGAGCAAGAAGAUGCGACCAAGUUCACGGACGCUGUCAAGGAGUAUGACAGCAUUAGCCGGCUGGAUCCAUGGAAAACAACGAUGCUCUUACGUGCAAAGAAAGCGUUGAAAGCAAAAGAGGAAGAGGAAGAAGAGUUAACAUAGAACUAUUUUCCUUGUUAAACAGUUAGGACUUUUUAGCCCUAAUACUUGCUCCAAAGCCAAGGCGCACAUUCAG